AUGGCGACUAAAGAAGAAAUUGCAAGACUUGUAGACAACCUGUUAUCGGUUAACGACGCCUCAAAUCCGUCCCUCACCUACACAACGACGGAGCAACACAUAAGAGAUGCAGUUGAAAUUUGCACGCAGAUUGUACUUGGACAGGAUACGAUGUUGGAAAUCGAAGCGCCAGUGAAUGUUUGCGGUGAUAUACAUGGACAGUUCCCUGAUCUUCUGAGGAUAUUCAACAGAUGCGGUUAUCCACCGGACAGCUCGUAUUUAUUUCUUGGUGACUAUAUUGACAGAGGGCGUCAGCAAUUAGAAGUCAUCUGUAUACUGAUGAGCUACAAGAUCCUUUAUCCUGAAUGUUUCUUUAUUCUUCGUGGAAAUCAUGAAUGCAAAAUCAUUAACAAGGUGUACGGAUUUUACGAUGAAUGCAAGCGUCGCUACUCUGUAAAGCUCUAUAAUAUUUUUCAGGACUUCUUUGAUGCACUGCCGUUAUGCUCACUAGUAGCAGGUCGCAUCUUGGGAAUGCACGGUGGCCUUUCUCCGAAACUCACAUCUUGGUCGCAAAUGGAUGAGCUUUCCCGCCCUCUUGAUCCUGAAGACGUUCCUCUGGCAAUGGACCUUCUGUGGUCGGAUCCUGAUCAACACACCCGAGGCUGGGGUAGAAACAGUCGCGGAGUCUCAUACGUUUUUGGAACUGAUGUUGUGAAGAAAUUUUGUCGAGAUAUGGACCUUGAUCUUGUUGUUAGGGCUCACCAAGUAGUCCAGGAUGGCUAUGAAUUCUUCGCUGACCGUCGCCUCGUAACUAUUUUCUCUGCUCCUAAGUAUUGUGGAGAAUUUGACAACAAUGCAGCCGUAAUGGUCGUAAGUAAAAACCUGGUUCGUAGUACUACGAAGCCCGAAUGUUUAGAAUGCUCGUUUGAGGUCCUAAAACCGAUGAACAACCCCCCAAAGGUGAAGGCUCGGCUCAAAGAAGGGAAUAUGCUUGAGAAAAGGUCAAAAACAAAACUGAGGAGGUCUAAACUAGCUGCGUGA